GCCGAACAGAGAAGCUAACUCUAUAGAGCCGGGAAAACUGUCGAAGUUUUUUCCCCGAUAACGGGAGUGCGAUAAAAAGAAAGAACUAAAUUGUGGCUUCUGGCCUCAUUGAUUGCCAUAAAUUAAGACAGUGAAUGAGUUUUGCACGUUUGCUAAUUUUAACGGAUGAUUUGUGGUGACUGUGCCUGAAUAUCUUGGUUUUAUUUAUUCAAAGUACUUGAUCAUUGUGUCAAUAAUAACUUAAUACAAGAAAAAGUACACUUCUUGUGGAACGAAUUAUAACUAUUAUGAGUGAUUGAUAGAAGCAUGCAAUAGUAUUAUGAAAUAUUAAGUCAAUAAACCUUAAUUAUUAAAAAAAAUCUAAAAAGGAUUUUGCUGACUUGCAAACGCGUCUCUUAGAAUUUUGUUAAGUGGCUUACCUUGUGGAUGCUGAUGUGAGAUCUGCAGUCUUAGGUAUGUGAUAUCGUAUCGCCUGAUCCCGAACUCUGUCUGCAGUGCUAUUUCAUCGCUUCACUAGCUCUUAUAAAAUACCAGAACAAUUUGUAAGAAUUGUUAAUAUGAGGGCAAACUAGACCCCAGGAAGUAAUCGAUAUUGGUGAAGAUUGGAUGGAAAUGCCCGAUGUGCUUUUAAAGAAGAGAUAAACUUAUACGAAGAAAUAGGUAGAGCUGCUUUCACCUUAGCAAAAAUGUGGAUCCUUCUAAUUUUGGGAAUAUGCUACGUCAGUGCAGAAGAAAUAACACUUGAUGCGCGAGAAGGUGAAGAUGUUACUUUAGAGUGUCGGUUUCCACCUCCAUCGAUGCAGUCUUUAUCCUAUUAUUGGAUUAGGCAGUCCAAGACCAAGGGCCAUGAUAAUGUAGCCAUUAAAGAUACGCCAUUUGACCCUAAUUACAAAUUGAAUUACCAUGUGGAGGAGGGCAUAUAUGAUCUUUUAAUUUCUAAUGCUUCCUACGAUCGAGACGAUGGUCAUUUUGAAUGUAAAGUGAAAGCUGGUGGUUCUGGUCAAAAUAUUCACACUCAAAGCUAUGCGGUUACUGUCUUGGCACUUCCUCAGCCUCCUCAGAUUGCACCUGGAACUUUAGUUACAGCUACGGAGGGCAAGAAGCAAGAACUUACUUGUAGCUCAGUUGGUGGCUCACCUGAUCCUCAAGUGAAAUGGUAUAGAGAAGGUUCCGUGUAUCCGUUAGAAGCUGCUCUUAAAAAUGGCGGUUCAAAGGACCAACCAACCACAGCCACCCUCACACUUACUCCUACCAAAGAUGAUGACGACGCAAUAUUCCGAUGUGAAGUAUGGAAUCGAGCUUUAUCGCCCGACAAAGUACUUACUUCAUCAGUAUCCCUUAGUGUACAAUACUUUCCUCGAGUUAGUGUUGGCCCCGAAAACCCACUCCGGGUGGAGAGGGACUCUUCAGCGACCCUGGAGUGUUCGGUCGACGCCAAACCAAAAGUGACCGGGGUCAGGUGGAUGCGAAAUAGCAGAUUUAUCAGCCCAAACUACAAUCAUUUGAUCCACCGAGUUUCCAUUCAGGACGCCGGAAAGUACACCUGCAGUGCCGAUAAUGGACUAGGUAAAGUAGGCGAAAGAGAAAUUACGCUGGACGUUCUCUUUGCACCGAUUGUAAGCUUAGAAUCGAAAACAAAGGAAGCCGAAGAGGGAGAAUCCGUUUUCAUAAAGUGUAAUGUUACUGCUAAUCCAAGCCCUAUUACUAUUGAAUGGCUAAAGGAUGGCAAACCAGACUUCCGACAAGCAGGAGACACUCUUCGCAUAUCUCAUGUAACUGCUGAAAACUCUGGAACGUACGUCUGCAGGGCAGUCAAUGUCCUAUCGCCAUCUGGUCAAGGAGCCCGUAGAUCAGAAAGAGUUGGAAAUGCAUCAGUAGCUUUGUUAGUGAGACAUCGUCCAGGACGUGCAAGAAUUUCACCGAGUAGACCGAUUGUAUCCGAAGGUGGAGCUGUGACGCUCAGCUGCGCAGCUACUCCCCCUGGAUGGCCAGCACCACAAUAUAAAUGGCUUCGCACUGGAUCCGAUGGCCAAACUGUCAUCUUAGUAACUGGGACCAAGUAUACCAUUGCUAACGCAAACUUAGCCGCAGAAGGAACCUAUAACUGUCAAGCCACCAACGAAUUAGGACCUGGAGAAAUGGCUUCGGUAGAUCUGGAAGUUCAUCAACCACCUACUUUUAAACAUAAGCUGAAACCGCUUGAGACUAAAAGAGUUGGAGAUCCAAACUUUUCAGUUUCUUGUAGUGCCAGAGGCAAACCCAGACCAAUCGUAAAAUGGCUUAAGGAUGGUGAUGAGUUAACUGCUGAUGCCAAUAUGUUUGAGGUUAAAACUGAGUACUCAGAAUCAAAUAACGGAGCCGUUAAUAUACACAGUACACUUAAGUUUAGCGGAAAAGCCCGGCCAAACGGUAAUGAACUGCUACCAUCUGACAGAGGAGUCUAUACAUGUAGUUUUGAAAAUGAAGUGCGGCGCACGGAGUCUACGAUGCAUUUAAAAAUUGAGCAUGAGCCAAUUGCACUCCAUCAAUACAAUAAAGUAGCUUAUGAUCUGUCAGAGACAGCUGAGGUAGUCUGUAGGGUUCAAGCAUACCCCAAGCCGGAAUUUAAAUGGUUCUUUGGGAACAAUAUUAACCCCCUACACUCUUCUUCUGAAGGACACUAUGUGGUACAAAUUACUGCUGAAGAGGAUGAUAUGUACACAAGUGUUUUAAAGGUGUCUCAUAUUAAAAAACAUGACUAUGGAGAUUACACUUGUCAGGUGGUAAACAGCUUAGGUAGAAUAGAUCCGAAAAUUCGUCUGCAGCCAAAAGGUCCUCCAGAAAAGCCAACCAAACUUGUAGCACUGUACACUGGACCUACAUAUGUAACCCUUGGUUGGGAACCAGGUUUUAAUGGUGGCAUUCAUAACACAAAAUAUUUUGUAUCUUUCAAAAAGGUUCCUGGAGAAAAUGACUUUAUGAUUGAGGGAUGCGGACCAGUGUCGAAAAAUCUAGACUGGGCAGAGGUGGAUUGUCAGCAAAAUGUGCCUUGUAACGUUACCCAUUUGGACCAACAUCAAACUUACUUAUUUAAGGUUAAGGCACUAAAUACUAAAGGAAUUGGAGAAAAUUCUCAAGAAAUCCGUGCUACAACUAGAGUAGACCGAAUUCCAGUCCCUCAAAGAGUAGCAUAUGAUAAAGCAGCCAAUACACUUUCGAUUAAUGUACCUGUCACCUGUUUGCCGUUGGUGGCUGUAGUGGAAAGCAUUAGCAACGAUAAUCACCCCAUAACUGCUUGGCAAGUUAUCGACACCCUUCCACUACAGGUUUCUGGUUUGGUACCAACAAUGAAGGAAAAAAGCUUAGACAAAAUGAUGACUAGAAGUUUUGGCACGCCAAUGGGACGAUCUCUGGCUGACGAACCAAUUGGCAUGGAGGAAUACAGCACUCCAAGGGUUAGAGUGAAACUUUGUCUGAGGACCCACCAUGACCAUUGUGGAGAGUUUGUGGAAGCUGAACUGGGAUAUGCAAAUUCACUUCGAGAAGCUUCUGCACUAUCAACCCCAACUCUUAUUGCCAUUAUUGUAACUUGUGCGCUGUUCUUAAUUAGCGCUGGCCUGUUAGCAGUAUUUUGCAGAUGUAAAAGGGCACAACACAGUAAGAAAGCUCAACAAACCAAAGAUCCGGAGAUGGAUUCGGUUAGACCUACUAUUAUUCCUUCCAAUGGCAGCGGUCAACAGCUCAAUUCACCUUUGUUCCAGAACCAGGCCCCGCCACCAUACUAUGCACCGGGUCUGGACAAUCAAGCUCUGGAUCUGCAAUUGGUUCUGGACGACCAGAAGGCCGUUUACGCUGCUACACAAAAUGGUUAUGGGCAUUAUGGAGAACCUAGAAAUGACUGGAACUAUCUCGAUGCCGGAUAUACAACAGCAAUUCCCGGAAAUGGCAGUGUCGAUUCUCAAGACUCGAUAUGGCAACUUAAAAUGGCAGCUAACGGCGGACCACAAUACGACCAAUAUGGCGGACAUGACGACUAUGCGCAUUUCCCACAGACUCAAGAUCCCUAUGCUCAGGUCCAUAAGCCGAAAAAACGACUCGAAUCGCCAGCCGUAUACAGAGACGCCCCUGGCCUACCAGACCCAUAUAUGGAACAGAUCGACGAGGAUAAACCCGUACCACCCCCGCAGCAUAUGUCUUUAGCCUACGAAGAAUCUCUAGAAAGUGGCUACUCUACCCCGAACUCGCGCACGCGUAGAGUUAUACGUGAAAUAAUAGUGUAGGACAGGGUGUAUGCUACAGAUAUGAGAGCGGCUCCAUAUAUCUGUACACCAUGUUUAUUAGAAGGGCGCUACUGAAUUUACUAAAGUACCUUAGAGAAAGGUUUGCUUGCUCAAUGUUUUUUCAGUUAAAUCGAGUCGGAUUAGACCUGCCAGUUUGAUGGAUAUCCUCCGUUUCGACUUGAUAACACGACCUUUCCUGUUAAACAUUACGGUUUAUGAUGAAAGGCCGCGUUUCUUCUUAAAAUCAGCGUCUAUAUUGACCAGCAACAACGAUGAUGUGUAGUUUUUUUCUAAGAAAUGCACCAAAAUCUUUUCGUUAUAUGCCCAGCUUAACAGACUCAAUAUUGUAAAUACAGAAAGCUUAUAUUAUGAUCUUGGACAACUUAGGGUACUACUUUCGCAAUUAAAAUAUAUUUUUUGUAAUUCUAUGUGUCAAGUACCUACAUGUGUAUUAAAAUUCUAAUUUUUUUCACUUUGAAUUUAGGCCUCUAGGUAAAUAUCAGAAAUAUACAGGUUGCCAUGUGUAAAAACCAUAAUUUAGCAUAUAAGGGAUUUGACAAAUUUUAUCGAAUUUUUUAAAUACUCGUAUGUAAUUUUAAUGUAAGAAUGGCUAUGAUGAGCUCAUAAUAACGUAUAUGUAUGUAUAUUAAGUAUUCAAUUGCCAUUUUAUCAGAAAACAAGCCACAAAACUAAGCCUAAGCCUAAUAAAAAAGGACAUUAUAUUGGCCCAAAAUACUUAACGGAUCGAAUUUUAUUAAGAAAAUAUAUAUGUGAUUUAUAUUGCAAUACUUAUUGUUGUGAAUUCUUUGUUUGAGUAAUUAUUUAGUUCAUAUCACUACAUUAAAAGCAAGUUAAAUUUGGUAAAUAUACAAACUAUUUUCAUUUAAGGAACAUAUAGCACUUAAGGUUUAUAUUUAUGUAAUGCCAAUAAUUUGAUUGUUAGUUGACUGAUUUAUGUUAUAGAUAUUUUUAUGCUUUAAAUUAAAGAAAAUUUGAUAUUUAUUUCAAUUAAUUCAUUUUAUGAAAAUAAAUAUUAAAUAAAUGAAAACAGUUGGUCGUCAACAUCAAAGAGUGCCAAGGAAUUAAUUAUUGACAUUUAGCAAUAUUCAUUAGCGAUUUACUUAAUUGGAUAACAAUUUGGUUGAGAUUAUACUCUGAAGCAUCUGGAUAAACAAUUAUUGUUUGCUUUUUCUUGAAAGGCUUCAGUCGGAAAAUAACUGUAUUAGAUCAACUUGCAUUUCUAAGUAAUUUUAAUAUAUGGAUUAAUGAAAUUGUAUUUUUAAUGAAUUUUUGAAAUUGAAAUUGCAUUUAUAUUUACUAAUUUAACUCGAUAAGAACUAAAAAAAAAUAUAUAUAAAUCUUAUUUUCUUGCAAUGAAAUGCGAAUGAAAUUUUUUUUGAUGUCAUCGGAAUCGUCAAUAUUGAUUCCUGUUCAUUAUUUGGGAUUUCAUUUUAAUAAUAUUUUAUAAGUAUUAUUAAUGCAAUAUUAAUUACAAGACUUGAUAAUUGUGUAAUGAAUUUCUCUUUGCUUAUUAGAACUACUACCCACUUAUUUCCCAUUUUUAUCUGAAAUGUUUGAUUCUCUUGACUAUGCUUUUAUUUGUUUAAACCAAUCCUGGCAGCUGCAAAAUCAUUAUGCUACAGCUGCUAAUGCAAGUGAUCGCUUUACGAUUAGUGAAUAUAAUUCAUUUAGUUAUAUCAGUUAUACUAGUGAUAUUUGUACUUACAAUCAGACGAAGAAAAGUUAUGAAGUUUUUAGAUGUUGGUCCCUUUUCACCUUUAUUUUAGGACAUAAUCUCUUUUGUGAUACUCAAUUUGGUCUACAUAAUUUUCACUAUGAUCAUAUAUAAAUCUAAUCGUUAUUUUUCCUAUUUGAAGCACUAAACAAUUGUAACAAUUUAGAACUCGAUUUUUAUUAUAUGCAGUAAUAAUUUAAAGCAUAAUUAAUAUAAUAACAAAUUCGAUAUGAACUUUUAUUUUUUAGGGCUUUACAACAGAAUAUUUGGCAACAUUUUUUCUACUUACUAAUAUAAUGAAUAUUUAUUUAUUUAUUUAUUUGCCCCUUUAAAUGUUAUUGGUAUUAAAUACUACAGUCUCAAUAUUCUGUUGUAACAAUAUUAUUA